GUAGACACUGUAGAGUUUUCUGGACGACCUUCAACACGUGCAUCACGUGUAUAUAGUUACGCGACCUCACGUUUAUUUCCAAACCACUUCAAUUUCCUAAAUUAACACUCAAGUCUUUUAGUUUAAAUAUAAAAAGUGUCAAGUGUGAAAAAAUUAUUUCAAUUUUCCCCCCUGAUUGAAAAACAAUGCGGAAAUAUUUUAAAACCCAGUGCAUUGUGCCAAAUUGUAAUUCAGGAAAAUCGGUAAAAUUCAACAGGUUUCCAAAGAAUGGUAAACAAUGUCAAUUAUGGAUUGAAGCGGUGAAAAAUCCAUUUUUAGAAACUCUUUCUUUAAACGAGAUUCAAACAUAUCGCGUUUGUCAUUUACAUUUUUCGAAAGAUUCAUUUUUUAUAACUGCCGAACGUCCACGAUUAAAAUGGAAUGCAAUUCCAUCACUUCGUUUACCGUUUGAAAAAAAUGUUUCCCCCGAAUUUAUUGAUUUGAAAAUUGAUAAAAAAAAAUGUGACAAUGAAAAUUUGUGUCAUAAAGUGGUAAAUUUUAUUGACAGUAGUAAAUUUACACUCAAUUAUGAUAAUAAUUGUUCUGAUAGUGAAACAAAGGUUCAAUUAGUGGAGGACGAAAAUUUAUGUGAAAAUAAUCUUUUUCAAGAAAUAAAUAAUAAAAAUUCGUUGGAGAAUAUUUUGUCGUAUGCGAGUAAGGAAUUUCAGAGAGCCGAGAAAAGUAGAGAUUUAACGGUUGCUUUUAAAAUACGUGCCGAUUUGUACAAAAGAAAAAAUUUGUCGAAUGAAAAAAAAUUAAAAACAAAAGAAAAAUCAUUGAAGGAAAAUCGUGAUAUAAAACAAGAUUGUUGCAUUGUUCCAAAUUGUAAAUCUGGUCGACGUAUCACAAGGCAUUGCUUUCCAAAAGAUAAAUAUUUUGGGAAAAAAUGGAUAAAGGCAAUAAAAAGUCCCUUUUUAAGGGAAAUGACAUACGAUUCCAUUCGAAAGAAACGUCUCUCGGUUUGUUAUUUACAUUUUCCUGAAGACUCCUGGUAUCAUGGUGUUAAACCACGAUUGAAGCAAGACGCAAUUCCUUCACUUCAAUUGCCGGAGAGAUUUAUUAAGAAGGAAGAAUUGAGAGAUAAGAAAAAAUCCAUUGAUUUGCCGGUGGGAAAUAUUAAUGAUCUGCCGAAUAUUAAAUUUGAUAUCAUUGACAUGACAAUCACGUCAAUAAUGCCAAAAAUUUGGGAUUUUUCAUCAUCAUUGACGACUGAAAAUAAUUCCAUUAGAGAGAGCUCGUUUGUACUGUCGAAAAUUAUGGAGAAUUUCAAUGAUAAAUAUCAAUCAAUUAAUGAUAUUGGAAUGCUUCCGUUUAUCACGAAAUAUUCCAGGGAAAUCGAAGUUUAGAGGAAAAAACAAACGAUUGGUUUCAGUGAAUCUCAAAAAUCGAGCUGUGCUACUUUUGAAGAUUAAAAAUUUUGUAAAAAAAAUCGAAUGGUAGGUAUCAAAUUUUCUACAACUUUUAAAAGAAAAAGAAAGAUUGUUACUUUUAUGAAAUAUUUAUUUACAUUGUCGAGAACAUUUUUAUAAUAAUAAUUUCUUGAUAAAAACUAUAGUUGAGAAACAAUAA